CCCCCCCCCCACAGAGACGGCCCAGCUGCUGGUGAUCGUGUCUGACGGCCGGGGGCUGUUCCUGGAGGGGAAGGAGCGGGUGAUGGCGGCGGUGCGGGCGGCUCGCAGCGCGAACGUGUUCAUCAUCUUCGUGGUGCUCGACAACCCCAACUCAAGGGACUCCAUCCUGGACAUCAAGGUGCCCAUCUUCGGAGGGCCGGGGGAGCUGCCGGAGAUCCGCUCCUACAUGGAGGAGUUCCCUUUCCCCUUCUACGUCAUCCUGCGAGACGUCAACGCUCUGCCGGAGACCCUCAGCGACGCGCUCAGACAGUGGUUCGAACUGGUCACCGCAGCCGAGCAGUAGACCAAUGACAAGCCAUCUUUCACAGGACAGGAAGCAACUGCACAACAAAAAACGACUGACUAAAAAAAAAAAUGACGUGCCACUGUACAUGUGCCUUUAUUUUCUUAUUUUUACUGUAGAUUUGAGAAGAGUUUGAUAGCAACCUUUACUGUCGUGUCUUUGUGAUCAGGGCCAUUUCUUUGUUAUGUAAUGAGGAUUGCUUUAACUUGCACGUCUGAGAUAAAAAUGUGAUUCCCGUUGGUGUGAAACACUUCAGUGAAGAGUCAGUUAAUACCGCCGUCUCCCUUGUACUAUAGACCUGGACUCAUCUGUCUGUGUGGAUGUUCUAGUCAGUGUUAUGAAGGUCAUCUCAUCAUCAUCAUCUUCAGUGUGAGCAGCAACAGAUGGAGAGCUGCUGAUUCCUAACUAUGUAGCAUGUUGGUCAGGAACUGCAUUCAAAGGAAAUGUGCCUUGUAGAGAGGAACGGCAUAGCAUCUUACUAAACGUCUGAAUCAGCUGUCGGGUGAUGGAUCAGAGGUGCAGCCCGGUCAGGAUUUUAAUAAAUGAAUCUGUCUACGCUUUGAAGCACCAGGGCUGCAAUGAAUGCCCGGUUUAAAGACUCAUAUCUGUUGAGCUUCCAUCCAUACUCUGACUCGUGAGGCUCAUCACUAGUAGGUGUUGAUGAAAUGUGCAUAGAAAUGUUAAUUAUCCCCUCUGUGCGUCGUACAUGAACUGACAUGUAAGGACACAUUGGUCGUCUUCAAUCACAUCUGUUCUACAAUGACAAUAAAGCAUUUACCAGGUUGCUC